AUGUCUUCUUUGUGUUUAGUUUUAGCAUUGGCAAUAUUUGCCGUACUUUUUUCUCCGGCAUUUUCUACAUCACGGCGAGCUUUAGAGCAACCGAAGGUGAAAAAUGGCUUUCGUGUGAGGCUCAAACAUGUUGAUUCAGGUAAGAACUUAACGAAAUUCGAGCGUAUUCAACAUGGGGUUAAGCGUGGAAGAAACAGGUUGCAAAGACUCAAAGCAAUGGCCUUGGUUGCAUCUUCAAGUUCUGAGAUUGAUGCUCCAGUUCAUCCAGGGAAUGGUGAGUUCUUGCUGAAGCUAGGGAUUGGCACGCCGGCAGACACUUACUCUGCCAUCUUGGACACCGGUAGUGAUUUGAUAUGGACUCAGUGCAAACCUUGUACACAGUGUUUUGAUCAAUCUACCCCUAUUUUCGAUCCGAAAAAGUCCUCUUCUUUCUCCCAGUUACAAUGUUCUAGCCAACUAUGCGAAGCACUACCCCAGUCCAGUUGCAGCGGUGGCUGCGAGUAUCUGUAUACUUACGGCGAUUAUUCUUCAACACAAGGGAUUCUGGCAAGCGAAACUCUCACGUUUGGAAAGGUUUCGGUUCCUAAUGUUGCAUUCGGUUGCGGAGAAGAUAACGAAGGAAGUGGAUUCAGCCAAGGUGCUGGCCUAGUGGGGCUUGGCCGAGGACCCUUGUCGUUAGUUUCUCAACUCAAAGAGCCCAAGUUCUCUUAUUGCUUAACCUCUGUUGAUGACACAAAAGCCAGCACGCUAUUGAUGGGAUCCCUAGCAAGUGUAAAUGCAUCAAGUGGUGCAAUCAAAACCACCCCUUUAAUCCAUAGCCCAGCACAGCCAUCUUUUUACUAUCUUUCUCUUGAAGGAAUAUCGGUGGGUGACACUAGCUUACCAAUCAAGAAAUCCACCUUUUCACUCCAAGAGGAUGGAAGCGGUGGCGUAAUUAUCGACUCUGGCACUACAAUAACCUAUUUAGAAGAAAGUGCUUUUAAAUUGGUAGCCAAAGAGUUCACCUCUCAGAUUAAUCUUCCCGUCGACAGUUCCGGCUCGACGGGGCUUGACGUUUGCUUCACGCUGCCGUCGGGCUCCACCGAUAUAAAGGUGCCUAAGUUCGUGUUCCACUUUGAUGGAGCAGACUUGGAAUUGCCGGCCGAAAACUAUAUGAUUGCCGAUUCAAGCAUGGGAGUAGCUUGCUUGGCCAUGGGGAGUUCUAGUGGCAUGUCUAUUUUUGGCAAUGUUCAGCAACAAAACAUGUUGGUGAUCCAUGAUCUCGAGAAGGAAACCUUGUCAUUCCUUCCUACACGAUGCGAUCAGCUAUGA